CAUCCUCCCUGGUCUGCUGGUCUCUACCUCUCCUUCUCCCUCCGCCCCUUUCUGGGUGCGCGCCCGGUUUAUGGCUUCUAUCCGAGUCAUCUGGCGAUUUCUCCCUUCCGGUUCUCGUGGGCUUCUUAUUUAGGCUUUGGUCUGGACUAAACCCAGCAUUCGCUCUGGGUUUAUGGGCUACCCUGGUCAUCUGACGAUCUCCUCCUCCAGGUUCUCGUGGGCUUCGUAUUUGGACUUUGAUCUGGACUAUCCAAUUUUUUCUGAACAAGAAAACCUGAACCAUACAAUCAUUCAAAGAAUCCAAACUCUCCCACCUUGAAAACUCUAGGAAACGAGAAGAUGCAAUCACUCAGCAGAACCUGAACCAUUCAAUCAUUCUAACCCUAAUCUGUCUCACACUACCACCGGACCAUGCCAUCCCUUGCCUCACUCGAGCUUCCUCGCUACCAGACUCUCUUUUCUGCCUUUUCCCCCAAACCCGAUCUGCUCCAAAGAAGCACACUUCCCUUCCACAAACAUCUGUUGACCUCCUCGUGUCUUCCUCAAAUCUCUAUUUCAUCAAGUUCUUUUGACAGCAAAGGGAAAUCUCUGUCUUCUCUGGCUCCUCUAGAAGCGAUAGUGUUUGACAUUGAUGGGACUCUAUGUGAUUCAGAUCCACUUCAUUUUUGUGCCUUCAGAGAACUGCUUCUAGAGGUGGGUUUCAAUGGUGGAGUUCCAAUAACAGAGGAAUUCUUCGUUCAGAAUAUCAGUGGUGGGCAUAAUGAAGAUCUAUGUGGGGUGUUGUUUCCUGAUUGGGAUCUCCCAAAAGCCAGAAAAAUCAUAGAAAGAAAGGAAAUUUUGUAUCGUAGAUUGGCGUCAGAAAAUCUAGACCCAGUAAAGGGUCUAAGCAAACUGUGCAAUUGGAUUGAAGACCAUGGAUUGAAACGAGCUGCGGCAACUAAUGCCCCAAGACCGAACGCAGAGCUUAUGCUGUCAAUCUUAGGACUAACAGAUUUCUUUCCAGCACUCAUUAUUGGGGAAGAAUGUGAAAGAGCAAAGCCAUUUCCUGAUCCUUACUUGAAGGCACUCCAUGCUAUCAAUGUGUCGCAUAAGCAUGCUUUUGUGUUUGAGGAUUCUGUUUCGGGUGUGAAAGCUGGGGUGGCAGCAGGGAUGCCGGUCAUUGCUGUAGGCACAAGAAACCCAGAAAAGUUGUUGACAGAAGCAGGGGCGAUUUUUGUCAUCAAGGAUUUUGAUGAUCCAAAAUUGUGGAAAGCAUUAGAAGAGAUGGAAGAGAAGGCAGAGUUGGCAACAACUGCUGCAACUUAGUUUUUGCUAAACCCUGUACCAAAGUUCUCAAAGAUUCAGCGACACAUCGGCAAAUCGAUUUAAUCUUUAUAUCUUGAAUAAAUUUGAUGUCUUCGUACAAAA